AUGAAUCUUCAUUUUGAAAGUACUUUUGGAGAAUCUUUAGAAAGUUCUUUUAAUUGGUUUAAUCAUUCAAUGACAUUGACAAGAUUAACACCUUUUUUUAAUUUUUCAGAGGACUGUUUAAUGACAUAUUCAAGAGAUUUAUUAGAUAUUAUUCGUAGAACAAGAUUACCACGUUUACCAGUCAUUGAAAUGUGUCGGUGGAAUUUAAUUGCGCCUCAUGAAGGUCUUGGUUCAUGUAUUUGGCUUCAUUUUUUAUUUGCAGGAGAUCAGACGUUAGGAAAAUCUAUAACAUAUACAUGUUUAUUAGUAUCUUUAUCGGAAAAAAAGGAAGGAUGGAGAGAAUUUCCGUUGCUUAUUUCGCGUAUUCCUGGAGAAUUGCUCCAGGUAGUAUUGAAUUACUUAACAAGUCGAUUUGAUUCGUGGGCGAUGCCUUUUCAAUUAAAAUCGAUGACAUUAAUAGACUUAUUACAAAUGUAUGUUAAAUCAGUUGAUCCAGCAACGGAUGAUGCUUGUCAACCUUUGGAAUUGAUGUUUUUGACGAAGUCGAUUAAAGGACUGCGUCGAAUAAUAGUAGGUGUUAAAGGGCGAGAUAUGUUAAUAUGGAGAGAAAGAGAGCUUGGGUUUUUUGAAGGCUUAAAAAAAUAUUUAUUUGAACAAACAACGAUUGAUUUUAAUAAGCUUGAACUUUGCCGAAUUGGCUGUGCAGGAUUUAUUAUUUCGUCAGAAGGAAAACUUAAAAUCUUGAAACCGAUACAAUUACAAAUUAUUACAGCUAUUUUGAAAAUGGAAGCUAGGAAAAACAUGGAAAUGAUUAGUUAAUGUAUUUAUAUAUUAAAUCUUUUAAAGGCAUUUUUAUAGUUUUUUUUGUUUAGUAACGUUAAAUUAUAUAGCAUUUGAUUUUGAUCUAACUUAUCUUUUAUUGAGAUUUUUUUAUUGAAAGCAGCAU